UCUUUACUGGCGACUGAAUAUGAAGCACAACUUGGUUAUAUUCUGCGUGAUCCUGGUGCUAAUAGCUGCCAACUGCGCAAAUGCUCAGGGAGGAGGUGGUGGACCAGGCGGUGGGGCGCGCGGGGGUGUUGGUGCAGGGAUGAGCAUGGGUGCUAGCGUAGGCGGUGGUGCAGGUGGCGGAGGUGCUGGCGGUGAAACUGGGGCUGGAUUCAGCGUCGGUGCUGGGGCCGGUGCAAACGGACAAGCCGGUGGCGGUGCAGGUAAGCGCUGAGUGAAAGCUCCACCGGCCAAUGCUGAUUCGUUUUCUGAUAACUACGAAUGUAAAUGAGAGCACCACAAAUAAAUCUAUAG